UGAGUGUGUACGUCAGAGAGACCAGCAGAGCACACACGGAGCGGCGCCAUGCACUGCCCUCGGACCGACAGCUAGCCCUCUGAAGAGCCCGACCCAGCCCGAAAUGUUCGGUCCAGGGCUCCCGUUGUUGAAUUAUUUCACUGAUACAACAUAUAAAGAGGGAGUACGUGUUACACUAUGGCGGGGUUUUGAUUCUUACUUUUCCGUCUCGCUCGGUGUAGCGUGGCAACGGCAGGGGAUCGUUUCCAAAGUUGUCGGUUAGCAGGGCGCGUGUGAAGGAUCGGAAUUAAAGGCGCAGUGCACCCGCUGUAGCUACAAACAUGGAGAAGCAGCAGAGCGAUUUGGAACGAGAGCGACAGUACUGUGAACUUUGUGGAAAAAUGGAGAACCUCCUUAAGUGUGGUAGGUGCCGGAGCUCCUUCUACUGUAGCAAGGAGCACCAGAAACAGCACUGGAAGAAACACAAGCUAAUGUGUAUGGACAAGGCGCAGCUUCCUAAACAGAAGCCCGAUCAGCCUGCGCCUUCGGGGGACGAAGAGGCACAGGAGAAAGACCGGGAAAAGACAAGCCCCGAACAGUCGGACAGUGUGUCUUUACCACAAAACUCAAACACAGAAUCACCCGGAGACGGUGACGGACCGGGAGAGGUCGUGUCCAACAACACCGCCACACCUAAUGGACAAACUAGCUCAUCCCCUCAGAAACUUGCCAUGGAGUACAUAGUCCCGUGUAUGAACAAGCACGGUAUCUGUGUGGUGGACAACUUUUUAGGAGCAGAGACUGGGCUUGGCAUUUUGGAUAAUGUUAAAGCUCUGCACAAAACGGGCAAGUUCACAGACGGACAGCUGGUCAGUCAAAAAAGCGACUCGACUAAAGACAUCCGAGGGGACAAAAUCACGUGGAUAGAGGGGAGGGAGCCCGGCUGCGAGAAGAUCCGCUUUCUGAUGAGUCGUAUGGACGACCUGGUCAGACAUUGUAACGGCAAAUUGGGAAACUACACAAUAAAUGGAAGGACGAAAGUAAGUAUUGCAGGUGAAAACACACAGCCAUGACUUUGAAUGUAGGCUUCUUUUUUUCUACGCCAGUGGUUUGCAGUGUUGUCCCCCAGGAGCCAGAUUUAUGCUGGUCUGCUGAAUUACACCUGCCAUACAGCAAGGUGGUUAAACACCCGCAGUAGACUGGCUGUAUAGGACUAAAUGAAGAGUAAGUGUUGAAGGCAUCUGACAGUGUUGAAGAAUCAGGCAUUUCCAUUAUGUCACCAAGGUACCAUUACUUUCAAUAUCUGGGUUAUGUUUGCUAAUUAGACUUGACUUUAGGUGUAAGAGGCUAGUG